CAGGUGGUAAAUGCCUUACAGACGGAGCAUCACUGUGAUGAGAGAGAAGCCCACAUGAUCUGUGACAAAGUCCAAGCUAAACUCCUCAAAGAGUGUCAUGACCCUUCCAAGAUGUGUAUUACUGACUUCAGGAUUCAACACUGGGAAGAAGCUAUACAAGAAACAAAGGGAGGACGAGCCAAUCGGAAUCUGGCUUCGGAAUGUUAUUUCCUUUGGAAAACCACCCGCCUGAAAUAUUUGACCUUAGCGGAAGAGACUAGAGGGAUGCUCAGGGACCUUAGGAAAGUUGUCCGUUUGCUUCUGCUGACGAAUGGAGACACACAGACACAGAGAGAAAAGAUUGAAGCUUGUGCCUGCCAGCCCUACUUUGAUGCUAUCGUAGUUGGUGGAGAACAGAAAGAGGAGAAACCAGCGCCGUCUAUAUUUCAUCACUGCUGUGAACUUCUGGGUGUUCAGCCUGAGGACUGUGUGAUGGUUGGUGACUCUCUAGAUACAGAC